AUGUCAGAGGGGGAGGACCAGCUGAGGUAUCACGUGUCGGGGACGCAUGGGCAUCGGGACGCCCGAGGGCAGAUGGAGGAGGGCACCGACAGCGGAGGCCACGGCAAGAAUCCUGUGAGGUCAGAGCCGGAGGAGCCUAAGAGCCUGCCAGGACCAUUUUAUUUUUUUUGUGGGAGUCUCUGUGCAGGGCAAUGGAGAUCCUGUGUGCGGAAAGACAGGCCAAUGAUGGAGCAGAGGCUGGAACCCAUGGCUCCUGAAGAUGAAACUGAACGAUCUGCUCCCACGCCACUCGAGUCUAAGUGA